UUGGGCCUUGUGCAUCUAGCCGCCCAUUAUGAAUUGUGUCUCAAAUUUGGUUAUCGUCAGGUGUCCUUGAAUCCAUUUCGACUACGAACUAUCAGCAUCUGUUUUAAAAGGUUUGAAUUCGUUCCUUGCAAAUGCGGCGGGAAUCGGAUCACGAGGUACAUGCUCACUAUUUUAUACACCUUUCAGAAUCCAAAAUACAUUCAUGGGGGAUUAUUCAGUAAAUUUAAAAAUGUGCUGGAUGCUUCUGAUGAUGAAUUCAAAGCGAUCCACAGAAACUCUCACGAGGCCAUUGACUUGAUGGAAAAGAAAGUUAGAGAUGAAUUUUCUACCGAUGGAGCUCGCCUCUCAACUCUGUUGGAUAAAUUCCACGCUAGACUGGGUUCUAAACCUAAUAAUGACAUCCGUCACAAAGUAAACCAAUUAGCAUUGCGACUUUCAGCAAUCGAUUGUCGUAGUUGUUCUAUCCACAGGUAUCUGUUUGUUCCGUAUAUAUUAUCCAGCAUCAAAAAUCGUAUUCUUGCAUCCAAAGAAUACCAGGAUAAUUUAGAAACAUUGGUCACCUCUUUAGAGAAUUCAUACAAUUCAUUAAGGACAAUUAUUAUGGAGGUCGAUGCGAUGGAAAGGAAUUUAAUAAGGUUUUCUAGUGAUUGGCGUCUCUCUCAAGAAAGCGUGUUGUCAGAUAUGCGUUCCAUGCAGCAUAUUAAAGAAAAGUAUUUAAAUUUAUCGAAAUCCCUUAGUGAAUCAGAUCGUCAAUUAAGUGAGUUAUUGUCAUCCGUUGAAAAAGCACCUGAUCAGCGCCUUCUGAUGUCAUGGAAGAAAGUGUGUUCUAUUCGUCUAUUCACCUUACCAGUCUUUUUUAUUAGGAAAUUGAGGAAAUCAAAGAACGAAAGGCAAUAUUAUCUAAUCGUGUAGACCAGUACAUGGGGAUUGAUAUCGUAGGAUUGGGAAUUUCGUACAAUAUAUUUCAUUUUAGGAUACCACAAAAGCUGAAAAACAAUUAAGCGAUGCUCUUUCUCAAAUGGCAUCAGUUGACUCACAGUUACAGAAAAUUAUGGGCUUCAACGCAUGGAAUUAGAGCUAACUCCUCAAUAGAAAGCACUUACACCUCAAAAGCUUGUUGUAUCUUGUCUAUUUCACUGGUUACUUGGGUAUAAGCAUUCAUUGCCAAACGGAACAGCACGAUCUCUUGACUUUUUUGUCGACAUAUAUUUAUACUGUUAAUUUACUUAUAAAAAGAUUUUAGUCUCAAACAUUCUUAUAAUUCUACUUCUAUGUUCAUACACAUGUCAUAACUUUUGUUUCGGAAAGACGUAACAAUAGGAAUUUAAGCAGUUUCCUGAUUCUUGAUCAUAAUCAAAUUAUUGACAUAGUUAUGAGGAGUUGGUUCUUACGUAGGUUAAAGUUUUGGUUUUUAUGUAUUGUAGUUCCAAGGAAUUUUAUAAAUUCUUAUGUGAAAACAUUGAUUUCUUCGAAAUUGGUUGCACUGGAGCUGACGAUUCUCUUCUUUGACAUCUAGCUUUUGAACAUAAUGUCAUUUUGUACUUUUUAUUUUGAUACAACCUAUUCUUUCUUGUGAGACUCCAUUAUACUGGUAACGUUUUUUCCAGGUGCUAGUUCGUUUUUGCCUGUGUGUCGGUUAGCAUUGCAAAGUAUGAUACUAAAUUAUAGCCCAUAUAUCAAACUUGAACAGAAUUGCUUUGUUCAGGAUUACCAUCAUUUUGAUUUUCCUCAGCUGAAUGAAUCUUGCGGAUUAUUCCACAAUAA